AGUCAUACGACUCUCUCUCUCUCUCUCUUUAGUUUGAUAUAUUCUAAGACAAGAACACUAGGAUUAGAACACGUUAUCAGCACGAGACUCUAAACCCUAGCUAAAAUCCAGCAACCACAAAAACCCUAAUUUCAGCCGCAACUUCAAACCGCCAUAUCUCCCUAACCGUAAGGAUCCAGACGGCGAGUAAUAUAUCAAAUUGAAGCUCUUGACGAGAAGAAUCCAGCGCCGCAGACCACGCAUCAAUCCGAAUCCAGACGCGCCGUCACCUCCCAGUUCAAGCCGCGCCGUCAAAGAUCAUCCAAAACCCUAAUAGCCGCCAACUCCUUAUCUCUCUUAAUUUCGAUAUCUAUUGUUCUUAGAUCUCAUACUAAUCCAACUUUGAAACUUUCAUUGUUGAUUAUUCAAGGUUUCUAAAAGAGGAACCAAGGAGAAAAGAUCGGCAAAGAUUAAGCAUGUGAUUACAUGACUUUUGUUUUGAAUGGACAACAAGUGAUACCCCUUUAAGGAUGACAUGCUAUAUGUCCAAACAAAACAUAAGGUUAAUGUUUUCCACAUCUUUUGGUCGAUGAUGCACACCAUAGUGUGGCUAGACCAUGAUUUUCUUUUAGGUCAAUGAUGCAUACCAAUAGGUAUGACUAGACCAUAUGAAGUAAAGGUCGAUGAUACGUACUCUUAAGUAUGAUUAGACCAUAAAACAAAAUCAAUGGUCGAUGAUGUUCACCCUCAGGUGCAACUAGAUUUUUCACCUGUGAUUCACGGUGAUCAUCCACGAUGAUCCGCGUUGAUCUAUGAUCCAUGAUGAUCCUCGAUGAUCCGCGAUGAUCUACGAUGAUCAGUGAUCCAAGGUGAUCCACGGUGAUCCACAAUCACCGGUGAUGGAUGAUGCGCACCACAGUGCAGCUAAAUCACGAUCCGUUUUAUUUGGUCGAGGAUGUGUACCGAAUGGUACUACUAGACCAUUAAACCGCAUGGGUCGAUGUAGCAUACCAUAUGGUAUGGCUAAACCAUGCACUCGUCCAUCCCACUAUUUUCAAAGGAUUUAUAAAUCAAACAAGUUGAUUAAGAGAUGAAUGAGUUAUGAGAAAAAUAAAUUUCUAAAAGAAUGCAAACUGGCUGUGUGGCCCUCUUAUUUGUUUGCUGGCCGUGUGAUCCUGAUUGAAUAAUAGCGAUGUCGAGACUCCAUCACUCGGAUUACCAAGCCCUUGAUCUCAAUGGAGACAAUUACCUUGAUUGGGCGAUGAACACUUCAGCCGAUUUAAAGUCUAAAGGACUUGGGAAGUGUAUCAAAUACGGCAAUGAUACCCUUGCAUAUGAAAGGCGUAGAGCUGUUUCGAUAAUGAGAAAGCAUCUCGUGAAGGAUCUGUAUGAUGAGUGCAGUUACAUCAACGAUCCUUACGAUCUCUGGUCGAGAUUGAACACCAUGUUCUUCGAGCCAUUACUAGAUGAGUCCAUGAAAGAAUGGAAGGCUCUGAGGUUCCAUGAUUAUGAAUCCGUGGAUGACUAUCACUUUGAUCUUAUGAGAAUCACCUAUAGUCUUAAACUAUGUGGUGAAGUGAUAACAAACUAUGACUUGUUAAGCAAGACUCGUGACACGAUCCAUUCAAAGGAAGUGUUGUUAUCACAGAAGGCUAAAGGUUUCACAACCUAUUACGACCUUCUCUCAUACCUUUCAGCUCUUGAGGAAAAGAAGCAGAAAAGGAAAGUCAACCUCGACAAACUCGACUAUGUUAUGGAGAUAAGUGUCGAGUAUCAAUGUGAGAUGAUAUACGGUGAUGCUGAAGAAGCUAAGAAAAGAAAAUUCGGGUGGACUCAUAUAGAUGAUGAGAUUGGUUUAUUCAUUGAAUAGAAAACCAAAUGUGAACCACGUCCAAGAUGUUAUUAUGGACUGGCUGGCUAUUGUUUAAGCCUUUU